AUGGGAGAGACCUGGCCGGACUCCCGCUCUCCUCCUCCCGCAGCCCCACCUCCCCGGUCCCGCUUAAGUCCCCGCCAGGCCAGCCACGGGGCCACCAUUCCCGUCCCCAUCCCUGUCCCCACGAUGCUGCGGUUGCUGCUGCUGUGCGGGGCCCUGGGCUGCGGGGCAGACCGGGCGGCCCCGCUCGUCUUCACCAUGUUGCAACGGACCCGCGUCUCCAAGGGCAGCUCUGACUUCUGGGGGAACGCCAGCCUGGACGGGCGGCUCAGCCAUCUCCUGGAGGGGCAAAAUGUCACCCAGGUGCUACCGCUGGAGCCCCCAGACGCCUGGGCCAGGCGGCAGCAGGACGUGGCCACUUACCUGCUCUACUUCAGUGAGCUGGUGAAGCUCUUCAGCAAGGAGAGGCCCAUCAACUACACCCAGAUCCUAUGCUGCCGCUUGGGCUGCCGCCUCUUCCCCAACGGCACGGCCCACAGCUUCUACGAGGUGACCCUCAACGGGACGGCUUUCCUCAGCUUCCACGUCCCCAACGCCACCUGGCAGCGGCGCUGGCCCGGCAGGGAUGCAGUGGCCGCCUUUGCCGAAAAGGAGCUGAUGAAAUACCCCACGACCACCCAGGACCUCCAGCAUUUCCUCAACACCACCUGCGUCGGCAUCCUACGGGCUCAGAGCUCCUGGACGGGAAAACAGAGCAGCCGGUCGCACGCCCCGCUGGUACUGGGCCUGAUCCUGGGGACCUUCGCCUUGCUGGGCAUGGCCAUGGGGAUCUUCUUGUGCACGGGAGGGAGCUGCUAGCAGAACCGGCAGCCGUCCCACCUCACCCCGCGGAGGCAGGGGACGGACCCGUCAUCACGCCAUGGAGGCAGGGA